AUGCCCAGCACCACUGUCGUAGAUGGGUAUACGUUCAAUAAUUGGGGCCCACUUACAACCACUUUCACACCACCUCCAAGUUGUGUCACUGGAACAACAAAUAUCGGGAUAGCCUGGAAAGACAGGCCAUUUGACAUACAGUAUGACGUGCAAUGCUCUAGCGUCGAAGACUGGGAUUGUACACCAACUGGAACGCAAUCCGACUACUCCAGAACCGCAUCAAUCCCUGAUCUAAACCCAACACAGAUCCUCGAAGCCGCCUAUUACUCUCCAGGCUUGUACUGUCCUUCUGGAUGGGCUACUGUGGGUGUUGCCGCUCGUGAUGAGAAGAGUAUUAGUGCCUCGGGCAUUCUAAGCAUUACUGCAUCCCCGGUAUAUGACGCCUUCUUCCCUCAGUUUGAAAACCGAGCUACAUUACUUAUGGACCUGCUGGAUCCAAACGAGACUGCUGUGAUGUGCUGCCCAAGCUCUAUGACUGCGGAUCUCAAGGCUGGAUGCUAUUCGACCUUGCCUAAUUAUAAACCGUCAGUGGGUUGUUAUGAACUCAUACCGGUUACCGACAUGGGAGGGGCGACCAAGACUGUCAUCGUAAAUGGAACGACUCACCAUCAGCUGAUUCAGACUCUCGUGGACACACUUCCUAUGACAAGCUCGGAAACCACGACGUUUGAUGGCUACGAUGUAUCAACCCUUGUUGGUGUCACCUGGAUGCCCAUAGUGACUCUGAUUCAUCAAGCGAAGGAUUUAGAGGCAGCGGAGACUGGCUCUGUGAGCUCCUCAGCAACUUCUCAACCUGUGGCAAUCUCGAGCUCUGCUGCUCGUCGUGCUCCAGCGUUGUCUGUGUGGGAUGGAUUGCUUCCUGUCAUUGAAGUGUCUCUCGCUGCGAUGGGAUUGGGAGCCGCCAUUAUUCUGUAA